AUGGACUCGAGCCCAGCCUCCACCCAACGUUGCCUCCAGAUCAAGAGCCCACGGAGCCAAAUCAAAGUUGGGGGGGGGGGGAUGGAUGAGGCGAGUUGGAUGCGUGGCGUUCGCACUGUCUUCAGGUCGACCGAAAAUGGAUCGGAAUCGCAGACGCGCCAUGAUUGGCAGAGACGACUAGGAAUCACAAGCGCCAAAACGGAUCUCGAAAUAGUUGAUCUUCUAGAACUACACCAAACGCCCUCUGCUCAUUGGACGUCGGCGAGGGCAUCGAGGCCCAGCAAGCUAAAACUUGGCCUUCGUCACUCUGCGACAGGUCGGCCGUCGCUGUGUCCAACGUGCCUGCGCACAUGUCUAGGGAAGCGAGGGAAGCGCACACCCCUGGCCGUGUUUUGCUCGUCUCCCACACCGAAGAGCGAAGAGGAUGAUGUCGACGAAGCCAUCGCCGGGCGUUUGAUUUGGUUCUUUGCUCUGGCAGCUGAGCUGAAGAGCGCCGACGAGCGCCGACGAGAUCUACAGACAAAUUGGGCGCGCCGCAAUUGCGGCCCGACACGAUCGGCAUCGCCCGGAGAGACGAGCUGA